GAGACAAAUAAAGAAAGCUAAUGGAAAUAUUAAAUACACCUAUCUGGUGGGAGGCUUUGGCGGAUCACCAUACUUGCGCAAACGUAUUCUAAACGAGUUUCCUUUGGGGCACCCAUUACACAUCGGGAGUUUAAUCCAGGAUGAUCGAGGUGAUACAGCAGCAAUGCGGGGUGCCUUGAUUUAUGGUAUUGAAGGCAGUAGAUAUGAGCCUCAAUCUGAUGUUGUACUUUACAAAUACGAAAAUGUUGCCACAUCGAAAUACAAUACCCUUGUUUGUUUAGAUAUGGGAUACAAUGGAAUUGUAUGUUCUUAUAGAGAUUUAAGAAAUAAUGAUGAUAACAUGACGGACAUUGUGGAUUGGCCUGGUUUAGAUUGGGAUAAUCCCACUAUCCCCACAGCAAAAGAAACAUUAGAUGGAAAAACUUUAUGGGGAGCUCAAGUUAAAGAGACUGACAUCCGCAAGCCAGAGUCAUUUGUUACGUUGAGUAAGCUUAUGUCUGCUAUGAGGGGGAGCUUCACAGCAUAUCUAGUUGACUUACUCAAACACGUGCUGGAACAUGUGCACAAAUCAAUUAUAAAGACUAAUCCGGAUCUUUCAAAUAAAGACAAGUACAGAUAUGUUAUCACUAUGGAAAACUGUUAUCAAUUCUUUGGCAACAAGUCCGAAAUGCGUGAAAUUGCUCAACUCGCCGGUAUCAUUAAAGAAGAUGAUUCCGCCAAACGACUAUUGCUUAUUCGCCGAGAGGAUGCAGCAGCUAUAUAUUUUGAAAAGAACAAAUUCCCUGGAAAAAAGGCGCAAAGUAACUGUUUUCUUCAAAUAAGCCUGUAUCACGAUACCUGUCAUUUGUCCUUACAUUUAUCAACCCAGAUUGCCGGUAAUGACACACCAAAAGACAGCGAUGCUAAUCGAUCUGGGAAAGGGACUUCAGAUAGGUUUAGAAAUGUCCGAAGCAUGAGGUCUGCUACAUUUGGAUUUGAUUUUGUUGCUAGACUUGUUACAAAUCUGAGCUUCUUUAUAUCUAAUACUGUAUGUUGUAAAUAUCAGAAAUCCCAUAACACAAAUGACACAGCUUAUAUUUUGGAGCUUAGACAAAACUUUCUCGAAUAUUUAAAAAACAAACUAGAUCAUGACAGUAACGAAGCACAAACUAUCCCGGUGACUCAAUCGCCAGGCUGUCAGGUAUCUAUUACGAAAUACGAAUUUUUGGAACAUGUUUUUUGGCCUGCUAUACGUGAUUUGACUUCAGCAAUUAAGUGUAACGGAAUGAAACGUAAUGUGUUUCGUCUAUUUGACAUCGAUGGUAUAUUUUUAUCCGGCUUUUCAGUAGACGCAAAGAAAGAAACGAGUGAUUUUCUUGAAAGGAUUGUUAUAAAAACUUUGUCCGAGGCUCUGAGUAUCCCAAGAAGCCGUAUAUGUUUGUCUGAUGCCAGCAGUAAAGAAGCCUUAUUAGGUGCAGCGUACUAUGGUAACUACCCCGAGAUCUUUACAGAGCGGGUUUCUAGAAGGUCUUAUGCUAUUCAGGUUUGUGGUUACAAACCUAAGGGGAAAAAAAACGUGAAGAAUGAUAUAUACAAUGAAGAGGCAGCAAAUGCAUACAGUGAUGUGGCUAAACCAGUGAAUCUAUACUAUCAGUCAUCCUAUAAUUCAUCUUUAAAAGAUAGUGAUUCUUUAAGAACCCCGGACGAUGUAACAUUCCUUAUUAGUAGAGGUGACAAGAUUUCGGCGCACAAUCAAAUGCAUGGAAUUUUAAAGAGAUUUUAUGCCGAGGAAGAAUGCAUCGUUUAUGCCUCAAUUUACUCUUCUGAUGAUCCUAACUAUAUUGAAAACGGAAGCAAACAUGAUCUUUCAGGCUUUUACAAGAUCCACCAAUUCGAGCUUUAUAUUAAACGCGAUAUAGAGGACCCAACCACUAUAGCUCCUGGAUC